CACAUACUGUCAGUCAAAAGACAAAACGCAGAGAGACGCUUGAUUUUGAUAUUUUCUAGACGGAUUGAAAAGCUCGUGUUCGUGUAGAUACUAAUUUUGUUUUCCAGACUUCGUAGAAUUAAGAAAAGUUAGAUUUUUGUGACGGUUGCAAACGAUGGAUGAUGGAGAUUACGAUAAUGAUGAUGUUGGAGGAGAUGAGUUCGACGACGUCGAAGAAGAUGAUAAUAUCGACGAGUUGAACCAGGAAGAAGACGGAGAUAACAUAGAGCUCAUCACACCUGGUCAAGCUGGAGGAGGCGUUCCAAAAUCGAAGCGUAUUACAACCAAAUACAUGACCAAGUAUGAACGGGCACGUGUGCUAGGAACGCGGGCAUUACAAAUAGCGAUGUGCGCCCCUAUCAUGGUGGAGCUGGAAGGAGAAACAGAUCCUUUGCAGAUCGCGAUGAAAGAAUUGAAACAGCGAAAAAUACCAAUAAUUAUACGACGGUAUCUUCCUGACGCUUCAUAUGAAGAUUGGAGUAUCGAUGAGCUAAUUAUUAUCGAUCAUUAAUAUUCAUAUCCUAGAACAAAUAAGCAAUAGGUUUUAAAAAAUAUAUGUUGAAAAAAUGUGAAAAACUAAAGUCUAAU